UGUCGCCCAAGAGCUCACGUCGCUUCCCCCACCGCCUCCUCUCCACCAUGGCCACCACCAAGCCCACCCCGUACGACUUCCAGAUCGAGCCCAACGCCGACGCCAAGUUCCCCGCUGAGAAGGGCCGCUACCACCUCUACGUCACCUACUCGUGCCCGUUCGCCUGCCGCGCUCUGGCGGCUCGCAACCUGCUGGGGCUGGAGGACGCCAUCGGCCUGUCCGUGGCGCACCCCGUCUUCCAGAAGACCAAGCCGAACGACCCCAACGACGAGCACAAGGGCUGGACCUUCGUGGACCCCGAGAAGUCCUCCACCUUCACGGGCGUCAACGGCCAGGCGUACCCCACGGACGACUGCAUCCCCGACACGGUGAACGGCGUCCAGUUCGUGCGCGACCUGUACGAGAAGGUGGAUCCUGCGCCGCGCACGUUCUCGGUGCCGGUGCUGUGGGACUCGAAGACGCAGACCAUCGUGUCGGAGGAGUCCGCGGGCAUUCUCCGCACGCUUGACUCGGGCUUUCGUGAGCUGGUGCCGACCAACGUUCACUUGUACCCGGAGGAGCUGCAUGCUGAGAUCGACGCUGCUAACGACGGGAUUGUGUCGGAAGUCUCCAUGGGCUUCUUUAAGAAGAUGUUCGCCCGCUCGCCCGAGGACGCGGCGCAGGCGGAGGCCAAGGCCUACGAGGCGCUGGACAUGCUGGACACCAUCCUGGCCAAGCAGCGCUACCUGGUGGGCAAGGGCGUGACCGAGGCGGACGUGCGUCUCUUCCACACGCUCAUCCGACUGGACGUGUACCAGCAGAAGAGCGACAAGCACCUGACCGAGUACCCGAACGUCGUUGCGUACCUGCGCGACUUGUACCAGACGCCGGGCCUCAAGAGCACGGUGAACUGGAACCACCUCAAGAUCGGCAUGGUGAACAAGGCCCCUCACGUUGCCGCAGAGGGUCCGUUCGUCGACUACGACGCCGCCCACGAGCGUGCUCAGCUCGCGUGAGUGUUGAGUCUGAAGUCCAGCGUUGCGGCAAGUCAAAUAACCUUAUGAAGUGAAACCGUGAAAAAUUGCAUUAUCCUAUCGCCUGGAAAAUGUGCAUUUGUCGCCGCGUGACUCCAGUGAAGUCAUGCCGUUGUCACUCGGUGCAGCCAGACGAAUUUAAACGUGAAAUCGAGACCUGCAACAACCACGAAAGAUCGAAUAGAAAGAGAGAGAGAGAGAGAGAGAGAGAGAG